UGGAACUGAGUAACCUCACAGUUAGUAAACAACGUUGGCUUGAGUCGAGAACUAAUGCAAUUCUCUGCCGCAACAUAUCGACUCAGACCUUUUAUAGGUUUAUUUUGAAGCAGAAUUGGUUCUCCGCUGUGCAGUUUGUUGAAAUAGUGACUAACUUCCCAAACCAUAUAAUUCAAUAGUCACAAUUAUUCAAUACGCUGUCGUGAGUAUGUGAAGUUCAAUCUGUGUUGCUACGUGCCGAGCUGGCACACCAGAUUUAUGUCGUCCAUGCCUAAAGACACAUUGAAAGACUUUUCUAUUCAGGAAUUACAGACAAAGUACAAGCUAGACAUUGAUGAAAUAUUUGAUCUUGCACAGACUUUUUUCAAUGAAAAAGCUGAAAAGGCUUUUCACUUAAGUUUUGAUGAUCGGAUUGAUCUCUCUGCUCUUAUGUGUGUAAAGAAGUAUGGAAAGUUUGACAAGUCUAAGACACCUGUCCCUGGAUUUCUCGACAUUAUUGGUCAGAGGAGAAAUGCUCGUUGGGAGGCCUUGAGCAAUAUGAAACCAAAUGAGGCUCAAACUAAGUUCAUAAAUAGAAUCUAUGAUCUUUGCCCAUUAUUCAUGUCGUAUUUAGAAGCCUAUUCACGCAGUAAAGGUAGUAUCGCUGGUCACUAUUCGAAAGAAAUGGAUGUUUCUUGUCCGAACGAAACUGUUUCCCCCAUUGGUAAUGGUAAUCAACAUUGUUUCACUUUGGAAAAUGAAGCUGAAAUUCGGGCAGCUUUAAAUGCCCAAACCGAAAGUCAAUUCCAAUCUUAUGCAUCCCUUCAUCAUCCUGACGAUCCUGUCAAGAGGGCUGAGCUUAUAGCUCAGUUACAAGAAAGACACUUCCAUGAGUAUGUUGCUUAUUUACAACGUCGAUAUUUGCUUAUUGAGCAAUCGCACCUUGAAUCGAAUUCACCGACAACGAAUACAAUAUCUUCGAAUGUUCCUAUCGCGAGUGAUUCAGCACCUGAAGCUGUUAAUAAUGUAAACGGAGAUCAGGCUACUAAUACUUCCACUGGUAUUCCUGCAACUGAAAUAAAUCAUACUGAGAAUCAACCUCUUUUGAAUGGUACAUCGAAAUCGGAAGUCGAUGUUCAACCAGCAAUUGAUACACAGAAUCCAAUACCCUCUUGUGUUAAUGUCAACAGUGUGUCGUGCUCAAACAGUAUGGAAGUAGCAACAGACAAUUCUUCGAGUGCUUUGGAGAACAAAGAACCCAAGAUUGAUCCUUUUUCAGGUGCAUCCUUAGUAGUACAUGCUCCUACCUUGUGGACACGUGGAGAAGUUAAAGAAUUCAAACAAUGCCUAGCAGAGGAUGAAGAGUCUGUGAUUCGAAUCAGUAGUGGAGAAGUCUAUUCAGUAAGUUAUAAGCUUAAAUAGAAAGUUGAUUUUAAUUUAAAGGAUAUGCUAUGUACCUAUUAGAAAAAUCACAACAUCAAAGGCUUUACUGCAUCUAUCAACCUCCCCCUCCCUUGCAUUCCACUUCUACUGUUUAUUAUCAAUUUGAAUUUCAUAAAAGUGAACAGCAUCAUGUGAUAUGUCCACAUUUUUACUUGAAAAUCACUGAUAAACGUAAAUAUAUAAGCAUCCGUGUUUGGAAAUAAUCUGCUUCAAGACUGUCUCAACCAUGAGGAAGUGGAGAACGGUUCCAACAUACGAGGAACUUCGUAAAAGCAGAAUAUCUCAAUCAGCUUCCAAAUUCCACAUCAGACGUUUAACCGUUGAAUGAUGAAGUCACAUUUAAGAGAACAUUGCUGAGAAAUUAUUAACGAACUGAAUUCAAACUGCAACCGCAACUGCAGCCGUCGUUAUGCUUAAGCAGAGUACCAGAAAUAUCAGCUGAAGUCACACCAACGAUGACGCCUGCUCUUUUGAAAUUACAGGCUGUACCUAAAAUAAACAUCUUGAGUUACGAGUUCCUACAUAGCCAUCAGUGCAUUGUACAAAUAAUCCUAAUGCAAAAGUGAAAUGAGAACUGCAUGGAAUUUCCAGUUCUGGUUGAAAUUCAGCUAAUCAGUCGAUUAUGUGUAAAUGAAAGCUCUUGGGAUAAGAUUAUAGUUUCUUAGACUCGAAUAUGGAGACGUUGAUGUUUACUCGUCUAAACUAAUGUAGCCGCAUUUGGUUUAGUAUUAUUGAGGUUGUCCCUGCUUUUAAGUGUUUCAGAACCGUGACUGGAGCUAAGAAAGAUAGUUUUGUAUCCUAUAUUGUUCAUUCAUACAGAGAAGCGUUGAUAUUUUCCCACGUACAUUUAACUUUAGUUGUAGACUAAGUGUGCGAGAUUCGCGUUCUGAUGCAUAAUGUGACUGAGGAGCUAGAGAACAUAUCAAAGGUGGGUUAUGAACAAAAUCAGUGAAGACCAAGCUGAAACUCUUGUAUUUCUUCUACUCAAAAGAUUAUAAGGUUGUUGAGCGCUUCUACAGUCGAAAUGUUCUGAAAUUGUUUUCAAAUAAAAUAAGUGAUUCCGAUUUCAAUCACUUUUUAUGCGGAAGGUCAUCUGGGUGUAACAACAUCGUACUCUGUGGUGGUUUUCCCGGUUAGGUCCAUUGCGCAUUGUUCAAAAAGCGACCGAUAGCUGCUACCUUGACGUGGUGGUCGGGCUUACACAUCUCAAUGACCCAACAAGCUACACUGACUGGAACUAUUGUUCCUGCGGGUCCUACCAUGUCAGGAAGAUUGUUAGGAUAGCGAUUAGACUAUAAGCAGUUACCAGAAUCGUGUAAGAAUCUUUCUUUCACUAUGCUGGGUGUCUGAGGGCGAAGUCGUACUGCUGGGGAACAGGGGUGUAACAACAGUGAGGUGUUUCAUUCAGAUAACCAGCAUGCCAGCAAUUCUGUCUCUCCACUCUGGAGGGAGGGGGUUAGAAAAGGUCGACCUCGAAAAUUUCACAUCUCGACUUUCCCUACAGUGGUCCGUAACCAGCGGUAAGUUAACUAAUACGGAACCAGUCCCAGAAACCAGUGCAUACAAGCCGUGUGUGUCCGCCCUCAGGCAGUCGUCCCCUGGGCUCUGCGGUCACGCAACACUAACCCUCUUUCUGUUUCAGGUACCCGAAGACAGAUGUUUCUACACAAGAUUGCCACCCUUCGUAUCUCCCUGCAAUGAGCAAAACUUCAUAAAAAGACUUCUUCAGAGUGUCUCACUAACCAAGUAUGUCCUUUGAUCUUGAUGACUUUCGUGGUUUAAAUACAGCUACUUUCACACUCCGAAUAUAUCGUCGUAAGUUUCUCCUUCAAUUAAUUAUACACCCUACAAUGUUGCAGUUGUACGGAAUCAAGGAUAGUUGUUGUUACUGGUCUGUUUUGUCAAUUUCGUUAAUAUUUCUCUCAAGUCAAAUAAAUACAGCUGUCGUUUCAUCUACGUUUACCUAGGUCCGUGUUCAGACUCAUCCAGCAGGAACAAGCAUAGUUUGGGAAUUCGCCACAGAUGAUUAUGAUAUAGGAUUCGGUUUAUUUUUCGAAUGGGCUGAGCCAAUAUCUGAUCCUGAAAUUAUGCAGAAUCGUCAGACUGUACCAGCCAACUCAAAUGUUUCAGAUGGCCAAUCCGACGUGUCUCAAAUUAUGAAUGCUGAGGAGACUAAUAUUUUGGUGGAUGAAAUUAUACCUGUUUCGCGCCGAAAUUCUCAAAGUGAAGUUUGCUGUGGAUCCCAUCUGUAUCCUGGUGCUGGAACCUACGUCUUCAAAUUCGACAAUUCCUUUUCCCUAUGGAGGUCGAAAACUCUGUACUAUCGUGUGUGCUACACAUAUUGAUCGCUGCAUAUUUCACUAUUAGACAAACCUAUAGAGUUCGCGACAAUUUCAAAACCUUGGCUGUGCAUUAUACUUUCUUAAUUUGUUUCUGUAUUUCUUACUUUUCUUUUGCGUUCAAUAGACACGGUUUCAAAUGCCUUUAUGUACUAAUAAUCUAUGUAAACUCUGAGCAAUAUAUUUCAAGUAUGCAUC